GUCAUAUGUUGUCGUAGAAGCCAUCCACUAAAGCAGAAUGCUUUUGAUGGAAUUCACACCGUUAUUUCAGAGGGUUCUGUCGAAAAAUUUAUUCUGGCUUUAAAUUAUUUCUUAGUUAGUCACUAUGUACACCCAACUGCCCAUUGCCGACUGCAGCACCAUUCAUUCAGAAUAUCGUCAAACUUCGCAUUCACACAGAAGAGAAAACGUAUAUCACUUACAGAGGACGCCUACUGAGUUCCGAUAUCAAUUUCGUUCAUUACAAAAACAAAUUAGAAUUUUGGAGGCGAACGAAGCUGUUCUUGACAAACGCUUAUCACGUAUUGAGCAAAAUCACUAUAAUAAACAAAAAAAUCGCGCAAGUUCAUAUCCACAUCGUCAUAAAGGAUUAUUAAGAAACUGUGGCAAAAGCGGAUUACAUGAAGUCACCUCAGUAAGAACUGAAAGAUGUAACUCUGCAACGCAUAAUCAUUUAUUGGAUACAAAUCUACUCAUAAAGCAGUUCCACAAUCAUCAAAAAUCACUGAAUAGGGAAAAUCUAUUUACAAAACAGAAGAAACUGUUACACCAUCGUUAUUCAGGCUCAGUUUUAACAAGGAGAAAUGUUCUUGAUCUAACUGGACAAAAUAGGUCAAAUUUUUGUGAAUGUCAGUCUAACUCAGGAAAAUCAUUUACACAGGAAUAUUUGGGAGUACAGUGUUCCUUAGGGAGAUGUACACCAUCGAGUUGUGAAUUAAGAAGAGGGUCAGACGAAUCAUCAAUUUCAGAAGGUGCAAAAGCCGACAACUGUGUCAAUGAAACAUUUGUUUCAACAGAUAAGCCAAGAAUAUCUGAAAUGAAUGAUUCAAAGGAAGACGAUGCGUAUAUUGCACUGGAAAUUAUCUCAUCAGCAUCAAAAACAUCACAAUUAGAUAAACUAUCCGUUAACAAUUUACAAAUCUCUCCAGCCUUGAGUAACAAAACAUCUCUUCGUCCGUUAACUCCAACAGUUGAUGAAGAUAGAUGUUUGGCAUAUAGCAACGAUCAAAACUGCUCUACAACUGGAAACGAUAUCUCAAAUUUAGUAUCACUUGAUAGUCUCAGUACUUCACAAAUAUAUGACCAUAAAGCUGAUGCAGUGAAAGAGGAUGAUGAUGAUGACGACGACGACGAAGUUAGCUGUUCAAAGUCAACUUCGAAAAUACAGGAUGAUAAAAUGUCUACCGAAGAGAAAAUGGAAGAAUUAAAAAGACCUAAAAUAAUGCCAAGAAAAAGUUUUCUUAUUCCAUUAAAUAACUAUGAAACUAAUAGUACAAUAUUAUUAAAAACAAAUACUCAUGAGCAUAUUGAAAUAUUUAAACACAUUAUCAAUGAACUGAUACAAACGGAGCGUAAUUACUGUCAUACACUACGCGUUUUAAUUGAUACACUUGCUAAAAUUAUCCAAGCAAAAUGUGGACUAUGCAAAGAAGAUCUGAGUCAGCUUUUCCCAAAUUCACUAUUGAAUAUGUAUAAAAUGCAUAAUCAAAUACUUAUUCAUAUGGAACGAGAUUUACAUUCCAUAAAAAAUUCUAUAACCUUCAAUUCAGUUAACAUUCUAUUGAAAGUUCUGUGUGGUGUAGACUUUGAAGACUGCUGUGAAUUAAACAACAGAUUAAAUGAUUUGUUAUUGAAUGAAUUACAACUGAAUUCAUCACCAUUUUAUGAGAUAUACAAAAAUUACCUACUUGAAUUUACUGUGACAAUGAAAACAAUGCGUAAACUUUUACGCCAAUCUACUAGAUUUCGUCAGAUUGUAAAAAGGCUACAGAAUAAUGAGUGUGGUGGGACCGAACUGUCUACACUUUUAAUAGCUCCUAUACAACGAAUUCCACGUUAUUUGCUUUUAAUUAAACAAUUUAUUCGUCAGACAAACAAAAUUGAAGGCAGUAUCAGUGUUGAAAAAAACUUUGAACAAGAAAAUUUGUAUAGUCAAACAGUUUCUCUAAUAACAAGUAGAUUAAAAAAUUCACAAUUAGCUAAUCACUUCAGUGAUUUUAUACAGAAAACACGAGUAGCAAAUCAAGCAAUAAUUAUAAAACCGAUGAAAAAAGAAACUACUGAUAAUACGGUAAAGGUGAACAAAUGUAAUCCAUUAACUCUGGGAAAAUCAAAUACACACUAUGUCAAGUGCAAAAAGGCAUGGUUCCAUGUGCGGCGUGCUUUCAGUGAAAAACGUGGUGAUGAAGGUGAACAAAAAGAUUGCCAUUCUCCAAAAAAUCCUAGUUCUUUGAGAAUAAGUCGACGAAGUCCACCCAGGUUAUUAGACGAUAAGUCGAAAGUUAAAAGAAUGUCAAGCAAAGAAGACAGUGUUGAUGUUAUAAUAACUAAACUGACAGAGGGACACAAUAUGCGGAGAACGGAUUGCAGGAAUACAUUUCAAAAUCACUUUUCCAAAGAGGAGAAAUAUGAAGAUUAUAACAAUCAGAGGUGUAAAUCAUUAUCAGAACAAUCAGGCUUGCCUGUUGAAAUCAAAGAAACUGAAAUGCCAAAGAGAAUACAAAAAGUCUGUUUAUUGAAUGUACCACCUUGUGUAGGUCAACGAAGAAGCAUAAAUAAGAUCUCGAAACUCAGAAAUACUGAGAAACUGGAUAUAAAAGAAACUGAAUUACUGACUAACACUGAUCUAAAUAGCAGUACGUCUUCUUAUUCGAAGAAUCAACCUGGUGUGCGUAAUUCAUCGCUUCAAGUCAAUCUUGGCGAAGACCAAUCACAACAAAGUAGUCAACAGUUUGACAGAACCAGUUUAGAAAGUAAAGUGAAAAGUAAUCCUUCACCAAGAAGUAACAUUCCAUUAUCAAGUGGUAUUCCUCGACGACAUUCGGAUCCUUUGGGUUUUUCGAAAGCUGAAACCACCGUGUCACAAAGAAUUUAUUCAAUCGGUACGCAGUGAUGUAGUUAACAAGAACGUAAAUCAAUCAGAAGAAACGCUUACAGGGUGUCGAGAGCAUGUAGAUGGUCUCCAGUUGACUAAUAAAGAUGAACCAAAAAGUUUAACUGAAGGAAGUAUGCUAUUGAAUCCCUGUUCACAAAUAUCUGAAAGCAAACCAACUUCAGGGAAUAUCGAAGAUUACACUGCCAGUUUAAGCUUUCAGUCUGAAGAGGAUAAACCUAUGAGGACUAAUCAUGUCUGGAAAAUUCCCUUGUUUAAAUACAUUCGGCGGUUAACCAAUUCCAGACGACAUAACCCUGUAAUAGUGGCAACAAAUACAUCGGCAUUAAACAAACCUGUUCUAAAUGAUAAAUCCAAACAGUUGGUUAACCUACCGAUUGAAAAAACAACUAACCAUCAGCUAUCAUUUGAAUCCCAUCUAUCAGAACCUCUCAGUCACCUGAGUAAAGUCGAAAAUCCGGUUUCAGUCAAUAAUACCAAUGAAACAAAGAGUAGUUAUCAGUUGAAAUCAGUUAGUGAUGAACAGAUUGAAAUCAUUCAAGUAGAGUGUGCACUAAAAGAAACCAUUCUUGAGAAUAAAUUCAACACAUACUUUGAUAUUGGUGGUGAAGAUAAUCAAAAGAAAAACAUUCCAAUUCUUACAGAAGACAGAAAUUUUGACGGCGAAAAUUGCGAGAAUCUUUUGAAAUAUAAGAGUUAUAAUGACUCUGUCUUUCUGGACGAGACGGGUAACCUUUGUUUUACAGCAUAAAUCACAACAAUCGAAGUGUUUUUUACACCUUGGCUACCAUAUCAGUAAUGUAGUUGAGUCAGUCCACUUUUUCUUUUAUUUCCAUUCCUUCCACUCAUUAUAAGUCUUUUCUACUGCAUUCUUCUG